CACACACACCCGCAACACAAGCACUCUCCCACCAACACCUCUCCUCCUCGCGCAAACCUCACUCUCUAAUCCAUCACGCGACAUUUAAGUACCCAAUCCCGCAUUGAGUAUCUGCUUUACAGAUUUUCCCUGCCAUCCUUGCUCUGCACCGAUAACCCAGUCGUCAAGAUGCCCAACACAUGCCCGAACUGUGGCUGUUCGAAUCCUGCCGACUUCGAUGAUUCCUCGGGUCAGGUAGUUUGCACCAAUUGCGGAACCGUCGUCAACGAAUCGCACAUUGUCUCGGAAAUCACUUUCGGCGAAAAUAGUGCGGGUGCUGCAACCGUCCAGGGAAGUCGUGUCGGCGCCGGUCAGACUCACGCCUCUACCGGUGGAAGAUAUCGCAGCGGAACGAGUAUCGAGAGUCGCGAGCAGACGAUCGCUGAAGCCCGCCGAAGAAUCAACCAGCUCGCCGCGGUCCUCGCCUGUCCCGACCACUAUGCCGAGAUCGCGCAGCGCAACUACACCCUUGCUCUGACACACAACUUUACGAAGGGCCGCAAGGCGCAAUACGUCGUCGCAUGCUGUCUCUACAUCGCGUGCCGCAUGGAGAAGUCCUCGCACAUGCUGAUCGACUUUUCGGACAUCCUUCACAUCAACGUCUUCACCCUCGGACAGACGUACCUCAAGCUUUUGCGCACCUUGAACCUCAAGCUCCCGCACAUCGACCCCACGAUAUACAUCCAUCGCUUCGCGAAGCAUCUCGAGUUCGGAAACGAUCAGUACAAGGUCGCCCAGGACGCCCUCAGACUCAUCAAGCGCAUGAACAGAGAUUGGAUCGUGCAAGGUCGUCGGCCGUCGGGUAUCUGUGGUGCCGCGUUGAUUCUCGCGGCGAGAAUGAACAACUUCAGGCGGAGCAUCAGGGAGGUGGUCUACGUGGUCAAGGUUGCGGAUCUCACCAUCCAUAAGCGACUACAGGAGUUCAAGGAGACUCGCAGUGGAGACCUGACGGUGGAGGAGUUCAGAAGCAUAUGGCUCGAGCAAGAACACGAUCCGCCUAGCUUCGGCCCGAAGAAGUCGAAGCGCAAGAGGGUACGGCAGGUCAACGACGACGGUGAAGUCAUUGACAGCGACGCCGAGGAGGAGACCGAAGAAGCUGGUGGCAGUCCAGCGAAGAAAGCCAAGACCGGAGAGCAACAGGAACUCCGAAGAGACGCGGACGGCUUCGUGAUCCCCGAGAUACCGAUCGAUCCCGCCCUUGUCGGCAGCGAGGAAGGACUCGCAACUCCACCACCCACCGCUCCCGCUACUAGCAAGCACCCAAAACCCAUCAAGGACUCCGGCAUCUUCAUGCCCGACGAGCAGAGCAACGACAUUAUCAUGUCGACCAUCGAGAGCGAGAUCUCCGGACUCGUCAACGACUCGGACUCCGCCGCUAUCGUCGAGGAGCUCCGCCGCGCACACGAAGCGACACUCGCCGCGCUCCCCAAGGGCCUAGUCUCAGACGACCCCGAAAAUCUCAACGACGUCGACGACGACUGGGAAGUUCAAGGCGCCAUUCUUAACGACAAUGAAGCCGAGAUGAGGGAGAAGAUCUGGACCGAGUUCAACAAGGACUGGAUCCGCGAUCAGGAGGUGAAGCGCCUCAAGGCCGCCUCCGACGCGAGGAUGGGAAUCGUCAAGAGCAUGCGCAAGAGAAAGAAGACGAAGCCGCGUGACUCGAGCGCGCCAGAUCUUGCUGCUUCGCCGGCUGAGUCCGCAAAGGAGAUGCUGAAGCGGAGGGCUUACAGCAAGAAGAUCAACUACAAGGCCAUCGAGGGCCUGUUUGACGACUGAAAAGGGGGCGACGGUGGG